UCUCUCUCGUGUGUUUUAUCCAAGAGAGACCGUGGAAGGAGUCGACGGGACGAUGGGACGCUGAGCAGAAGAAGAAGAAGAAGAAGAAGAAGAAGAAGAAGAGGAGGAGGAGGAAGAAGAGGAGACGGGAGAAGGAAAAACAACCGAAGGGUUUAGAAGGAGGAGGAGGACGACGAUGGGCACACGCACACACCAAGGCAGCGGCAGAACCUCCUCGGUAUCAAGUUCCAAGUGUUUGACUUGACUCGAAAAGCCAAAAAUAAAAAAAAAAAGCAAAGGAAUACAAAGGGGAAGAAGAGGGAGAGGAGGGGACACCUCCUCCAUCCACCCCUUCCCUUGCCUCUCUCUCUCUCUCUGUCUCUCUCUCUCUGUGCCAAAUUGGCCGACGGCAGGUCGGCAAUCCGAAAGAGUAUCAGUUUCUUGCCGCCGAUCUGAUCAAUCUAUUUUCUCUGCUUACUAACCGAGAGGAGGAGGAAAAGGAGGAGUGCCUCUGCCGGCCAUGAGUUAACUCUGUAUGCAGCGAAGGCUGUCUCAUGAUCUGGAAGGCAACAUGACAAGAUGAGGAGGAGAAAGGACGGUUUUCAGACUCGAAUAAGAUUGAGCUAAAUUGAGAAAUGGAAGAAAGGAGAAGAUCCUUCCCUGCUACUCCAUUAAAAUGCUUUGCUAGAUAAAGCAAUUCCACCACCACCACCACCCGUCAACGCCUUUGGCAAAAGCAGAACCGGGAAGCCUCAUACUGGCAGGAAAAGCUGAAAAAGGAAGGACAAAAGGAGCCAAGAAUGGAGACUCUGCCACUCAUCGUCAUCAUCAUAACCAGCAUCUUUUUGGCGGCCAUUGUACCGGUCUCAUCAUCUUCUUCCCCACAGAGCGACUUAAAUGCCUUGCUUGUUUUCAAAGGUCGGGUGGAGAGAGACCCACAAGGAGUGUUGCAGGGAUGGGGGAAGCCGAAUUCCAGCAGCUCGGCCGGCCCCUGCUCCUGGAAGGGCAUAAGUUGUUCCAGCGGGGGAAGAGUUACGAAGCUCGACCUCACCGGCGCCGGCCUCACCGGAGCACUCUACGUCGACGACCUGAUGGCUCUGGACCAACUGCAGGUCCUCCUCUUAGGAGGCAAUGCCUUCAAUAUUGGCAACCUCAGCAGCUCCUCGCCUCCCUCACAGGUAAGUUGCAGCCUCCAGGUGGUCGACCUCUCUCUGAACAACCUCACGGCGGCGCUCCCUCCGGAGUUUCUCGCUCCCUGCGCCGGUCUUGCCUUCCUCAACCUUUCCCACAACUCCCUCUCUGGCAGCUCCCCUUUGAAGUGUGGCCCCUCCCUCCAAUUUCUGGACCUCUCCCACAACCUGAUUUCCGGCGCCGCCUUUCUCAACCACACCCUGUCCAACUGCCGGAACCUCACCGCCGUGGACCUAUCCAGCAAUAAGCUCACCGGAGGUCUGAUUAGUGUUUCGGCCUGCACCAACCUGAAGAGCCUCAACCUCUCUGCUAAUGUCCUCGCCAACGACCUCCCGCCCAACCUCUUGGUGACCACCUGCUCCGGGGGCCCCGGCAACUGCACCAUCCUGCGCUCCCUGAACGUCCUGGACCUCUCCCACAACAACCUCUCCGGCGACCUCUCCUCUUUCUCCCUUGGGGCAGAUUGCGGCAACCUCGCUGUGCUUGAUCUCUCCUUCAACCCCCGCUUGACCGGUGGAGUUCCGGCGACCAUAGUGAACUGCCGGCAGCUCCGGAGCCUCGUCCUCUCUGGGAACUCUCUCGGACCCAAGAUACCUCCCUUGUUAGCGAAGCUGCCCGCAUUGGAGAUUCUCUACCUGGCGAAGAACAAGUUCGCCGGCGAGAUUCCGUCGGAACUGGGGUCCCUCUGCGGGAGUCUCCGGCAGCUUGACCUGUCCUACAAUGCCAUCACCGGCGGUAUCCCAUCCACCUUCGCCUCUGCUUGCCGUUCCCUGGAAAGCAUCAACCUCGGGAGCAACCAGCUUACGUUCCUGAGAGAAGAGGUCCUCAGCACGAUGCCGUCGCUCAGGGAAUUGCGCCUCCCCUUCAACAAUCUCACCGGCGGCCUGCCGCUUUCCCUCUCCAAUUGUACCGCACUGCAGGUUCUGGACUUGAGCGCCAACGGCCUGUCCGGGACCGUUCCCUCCGGGUUCUGCGACUUGAUGACCUCACUGCGGAUGUUCCUUCUCUCUGACAACCAGUUGUCCGGACCGCUGCCGGCGGAGCUGGGGAAGUGCAGGGAGCUCCGCAACCUGGACCUGAGCUUCAACUUUUUCCAGGGACCCAUCCCGCUCCAGAUCUGGACGCUGCCCAAGCUCACUGACCUUGUCCUCUGGGCCAACCAACUCUCCGGCGAGAUGCCCGACACGCUCUGCACCGGCCAGAGCAGCACUGCUCUCGAGAGCCUAAUCCUCAACAACAACUUCAUUACUGGCAGCAUCCCUGGGAGCAUCACCAACUGCGGCGCUCUCGUCUGGGUCUCCAUGUCCAACAACCGCCUCUCUGGCCCCAUCCCGGCCGGCAUGGGCCGCCUCCAGCGUCUAUCGAUCCUGCAGCUAGGCAACAAUUCGCUGUCCGGGCCGAUUCCCAAGGAGCUAGGCAGCUGUAGCAACCUCAUAUGGCUCGACCUCAACGACAACAAACUCACCGGCUCUAUCCCCGCGGAGCUCGCCGCGCAGGCCGGCCGCAUUGUAGCCGGCGUUGUCUCCGGGAGACAAUUCGCCUUCGUUAGGAACCAAGGGGGCAUGGCGUGCCGCGGGGCCGGCGGGCUGUUCGAGUUCUUCGGCAUCCGAACUGAUAGGCUGGCAGGGUACCCCAUGGUGCACGCUUGCCCCUCUACCAGAAUCUACACCGGCACCACGGUCUACAAUUACGUCGUGAAUGGGACAAUGAUAUUCCUGGAUCUCUCCUACAACUCUCUGACGGGUACUAUGCCGGACAGUCUCGGGUUCAUGCCUUACCUUCAGUCCCUUAACUUGGCGCACAACCAGAUAACAGGGACGAUUCCCGCUUCCUUCGGAGGUCUCACCUACAUCAUGGGCCUUGACCUCUCCUACAACCACCUAGAAGGCACCAUUCCUGCUUCUCUCGGCGGACUAUAUCUCCUGGAUGAUUUCGACGUCUCGAACAAUAAUCUCAGCGGCCCCAUACCUUCCGGUGGCCAGUUGACCACCUUCCCGGCGUCUCGCUACGCCAACAAUUCCGGCCUCUGUGGACUCCCAUUACCUCCCUGCGGCUCGGACAAUUCCAACGCCCAGCCAGGGGUUGCCGGUGCAGACCUCAGAAGGAGAAACCGAUCGCUGGCGGCGAGCAUUGCUGCCGGGGUGGGUGCCUCGCUGCUCGUCAUUGCCGGCCUUGUGUUAGCUUUGUGGAGGAUACAGAAGCAGCAGAAGCAGGAAGAGAAGAGAGGCGGGUACAUUGAGAGCCUACCCACUACCGGGAGCACUACCUGGAAGCUCUCCGGCGUGCUGGAGCCGCUGAGCAUUAACAUUGCCACGUUCGAGAAGCCGCUCCGGAAGCUCACCUUCGCUCAUCUGCUGGACGCCACUAACGGGUUCAGCGCAGAGAGCUUGAUCGGUUCCGGCGGGUUCGGCGAGGUCUACAAGGCCCGACUGAAGGACGGCCACGUCGUGGCCGUAAAGAAACUCAUCCAUGUAACAGGACAGGGCGAUCGGGAAUUCAUGGCCGAGAUGGAAACCAUUGGGAAGAUCAAGCACCGGAACCUCGUUCCUCUGCUCGGCUACUGCAAAAUUGGAGAAGAAAGGCUCCUGGUCUACGAAUACAUGAAAUGGGGAAGCCUGGAGAAUGUCCUCCACGACAAAGCAAAGUGGGGUGCCACUGACAAGCUCAAUUGGGCCGCAAGGAAGAAGAUUGCGAUCGGGGCUGCAAGGGGCCUGGCUUUCCUUCACCAUAGCUGCAUUCCCCAUAUAAUCCACAGAGACAUGAAGUCCAGCAACGUGCUAUUGGAUGAAAAUCUGGAAGCGAGGGUGUCCGAUUUCGGAAUGGCAAGACUCAUGAACGCUCUGGACACUCAUCUUAGCGUCAGCACCCUCGCCGGGACGCCAGGUUACGUCCCGCCGGAAUACUACCAGAGCUUCAGGUGCACCACUAAGGGUGAUGUCUACAGUUAUGGUGUCGUUCUGUUGGAGCUCAUCUCAGGCAAGAGGCCCAUUGAUCCCGCUGAAUUUGGCGACAGCAAUCUUGUCGGUUGGGCUAAGCAGUUAAUGAGGGAGAAGAGGGCAAUUGAAAUAUUCGAUCCCCUGCUCCUACACGAGGAAACCAAUGAGUCCGAGCUCUACCAGUACUUAAAAAUCGCCUCCGAAUGUUUGGAUGAUAGGCCUCUCCGACGGCCGACAAUGAUUCAAGUAAUGGCCAUGUUCAAGGAGCUCCAGAUGGAGUCAGACAGUGACCUCGACACCUUCUCCAUAGGAGACGCCACAAUUGUUGAGAAGAUAAAGGAACGAGUGUGAGAAGCCCGAUUCUUUCCUGGUUUCAUUUUGGCCCUCCCCUGUUUUUGCCUCCCCUGUUUCAUACCUAUACAUUUUGAAUUACCAUACUGUAAAUAAUAAAGGAAAAAGAACAUCAAUAUAUAUAUAUAUAUAUAUAUAUAUGCAUAUAAAAGUCUUGGAGUUGCGAAGAGUGAAGAGUAUGAACUUCGAUCGCCCUGAGUAUAAGAGGGACAGACGAGAGGAGAGGAAGAAGAGCCCUCUAAAAUUUGGUUUGCACUCUGCAGAGGGAGGUCAGCUCGAACAGGCCCUUCAUGAACAAAAGAUGGUACAUUCAUGUUCGCAAUUCGUUCUUUCUUUUUGUUCUGUUCUUUUCCAUCCCUUGUUUUCACCUUUUUGUGUUUUUUUGGUUCUACUGUGGCCGUGGUUCCAUUAUAUUCUUGUAUAAGGCAAGCUAGGAGAUGACAAGAGGAAUGGAUUGAAUUUUGUACUGACUUCACUCGUGUUCUCAUCCUUAUCUGUGUAAUAAAUGAUAAUUGUCUCGUCUGUCUGACGUUCGGUUU